AUUUCCUCUUUCAACACCUAACCACAUACUCGUAUAUAUAUAUUUAUAUAUAUCUAGUAUAUAUAUAUAUAUCUGGUAUAUCUAGUAUAUAUACCUUUAUCAGGCUUGAUUAUGUGUGUUGUUGGUGUUUGACUUAUCCAACUUCGUCGCAGCCAUGUUGUUUCGCCGGGAUAGAAAAGAUCAGCUUCCAGUGACCGUGAAUUCGGAUUCGGCCACGGCCACGAGCGACGUCCCAACCGAAAAGAUAGAAGAGGCAGGAGAAAAUACGAAUCCGGCCAACGAAGAUGUGUCUGAGGAGGAAGAGAUCGAAUAUCCUACUGGCGUUCGGCUCACCUUAGUUCUCGUCUCCGUCUUCGUUUCGAUGUUUCUCGUUGCCCUGGACCGACUGAUCAUCUCAACGGCGAUACCUGCUAUCACGGAUGAGUUCCACUCCCUACCCGACGUCGGAUGGUAUGGCUCGGCAUACCUACUGACUACUUGCGCCUUUCAACUCCUAUUUGGAAAGGUUUACACUUUUUUCCCCGUCAGAGCCACCUUCCUGGCGACUAUCUUCCUCUUCGAAGCUGGCUCUGCCGUAUGUGGCGCCGCACCAAAUUCGGUGGCGUUCAUCCUUGGACGCGCCAUUCAGGGGGUUGGGUCAGCAGGAAUAUUUGGCGGGAGCAUCAUCAGCAUUGUCUACUCUGUUCCUCUCCAUAAAAGGCCUCUCUAUCUAGGUUUCUUCGGCGCCGUCUUUGGUCUCGCCUCUGUUAUAGGUCCUCUCGUCGGCGGUGCGUUCACGUCAAAUGUCACCUGGCGCUGGUGCUUCUAUAUCAAUCUUCCCUUCGGGGGGAUUGCUAUGUUGGUGAUAGCCUUUCUACUCCACGUACCUGAUAGGAAGACGACCAAGAUCCCGACGAAGGCGAAGUUCGCUCAGCUAGACGCAAUUGGGACCACUCUGCUCAUCCCGGCUGUCGUUUGCCUUCUCCUCGCCCUACAGUGGGGAGGUUUGACGUAUGCGUGGAGUAAUGGUCGUAUAAUAGCCCUGUUGACCCUUGGGAUCGCGCUAUUCAUUGGUUUCACGGCUGUCCAAGUCAUGAUGCCGAAGACAGCAACCAUCCCCCCACGCAUUUUCAAUCAACGAUCUAUCCUUGCCGGAAACUGGGCUACCACCUGUAUCGGUGCUAGUAUGAUGAUAUUUGUAUACUUUCUACCUAUCUGGUUUCAAGCCAUCAAAGGAACCACGGCCGUCGAUUCCGGUAUCCGUCUGCUCCCUAUUACUCUUUCUAUGGUUGUUGCAUCGAUCACGAAUGGUAUAUUCGUCGCGAAGCUCGGAUAUUACACACCAUCUAUGAUCAUCGGCACAGCACUGAUGUCCGUGGGGGCUGGUCUCCUAACAACGCUACAACAGGACACGCCAACGGGAAAGUGGAUUGGUUAUCAGAUCCUCUUCGGGUUCGGAAUGGGCAUGUGUUUCCAAGCUCCAAACCUAGCAGCGCAGACUGUUCUUCCGACGAGGGAUGUUCCCAUUGGCACGUCUCUGGUCUUUUUCUGCCAGUUAUUAUCUGGUGCUAUUUUUCUUUCCGUCGGGCAAAACGUGCUUGACAACCAACUCCUCAGCCGGCUUUCUGGUCUUCCUGGAUUCGAGCCGUCCAUGAUCGAAGAGAGCGGCGCUACAACGCUGAGUUCAUCUCUCACAGCUGAACUCCUCCCCACAGUCCUAGUAGCAUAUAACGAAGCCUUGCGUCAAGUGUUUAGGCUUGGCUUAUGCUUGACAUGCCUCACCAUGUUAGGCUCAGUAUGCAUAGAAUGGAGAAGUGUAAAAGAGAAUAAGCCCAAAGGCCCAACCGUAGCGGACCCAGAGAGCGGUUUGGGAAUAGCGGAAGGGGAGAAGUUGGACUCCACGCAAGGGAUUAGGUCAGACGGAGAGACAUUAGCCGAGCAUACCGAAGAUCCAGUGAGCGAGGCCCCUAUCGCUAGUAGGUCUCCAACUGCUAAAAGCGACUCGUAGUAAAUGAGUUGUCUUGCUUCGUUGUUUAGAAAUCGUCUACCAGCUGGAACGUAGGAUAUAGCGGCGUGAUGUUAGUCUAUGAGGCUGUAAUGAUAGAUACUAGGUACUAAGCUAGACUACACUAGGAAUAUUCCUCUCAUAUAAAUACCGAACCGUACUAGGUACUCUA